CUAGUUGGUUGAGCUUGAGCAUUGACUGUCCUUGAUGAUCUCUCGAUCAAUGAGAGAACAACACAAACGAAAGCAGUUUUCUAUUCUCUCGGAUCAGAUCAAUAAAGCAUGAUCCCGCCACUGGAUUAACUGGAGGCAGGUACCUGGAAACAGUGUUGGAACCAAUACGGUACUACAUGCAAAGUCUAAUUGAGAAGACUGCUGUUGGAAAGUGCCUCGAUUCGUCACCGAAUCGUUGAACGAUUUCCACUGGGCUGAGCUCGGCGUCUGGACCGUUGCCAGUGUGGUGAUAUUUUCCGCCUAGCCUUUCCGAUUGAGAGUUGACUCGACUCUGCACUGCAUAUGCACCUGAUAUUUGUCACGUCACUACACUAGCUAGCAUCGUUUAGUUACUAGUAGCCACUUGGACAAGUAGAAGGAAUAUUAUGUAGCAGUACAAGACAUUUUGUGAGGAGCGAUAGUCUAAAGACUUGUUAACCAUGGCAAGCCUGGUGAAAAUGUCUGCCACAGUCUUUCUGUUCAAGUUGUUGUUGGGGCUAGCAUUACUUUUUGUGAGUAUAGUGAGGAUCAAUGCAGUCUCAGGAGUGUACCUACUAUGCCUUCUAGCAUUGCCUCUCAUCCCCAGCCCAACAAAUGUGCUACAUCUUCAAGGGAGCCCAGGGCGGUUUAUGAAAACCGUUGUGAUUCUCAGUGCUCUUGGAUGUGUCACCCAAAUACUUUAUCAAGUGGUUUUAGCUGGCCUUAGCAGUUAUGAUGAAAGCAUCGAUAGUUGUAACUUCACGGAUACAAUAUGGAGACAGAUGGGCUAUCAGAGAUUGGAUGACCUUGACGCACUCAAUGUCGCCAGACUAGUGGUUCCUGAUGUCAUCCUCCUGGUUGUUUCUCUCAUCGUAUUCCUCUCCUGCAAGUACAUCCUUACCCCGCCGCCCCAGACAUCCGAAUCAGAUUCCGAUGAGAAUGACGAACCACUCGCCCCGGUAAUGGAACGUCGCCCUCGACGAACCUCAGUAGUCGUCGAAGGUCUGCGGUCGUGCAACGUUAUGCUCUUCUGUGCGCUGUCGGGAAUCAUCUUCCCGUCAGCCAUCUCAUCGGUGUACUUUGUGGGUUUCCUGGUAGUGGUGACCUGGUGGUCCUUCUAUCAGAGCUGGGGAAGGGUCUUCAAGUGGAUCCAAGUCCUGUGGCUCAUCUACAGUGGCGCUCAUGUCAUCGUCCUCUACCUGGUUCAGUUCCAGUUCUUCCAGGAGUUAGUGCCAUAUGAUGAUUCCGAGGAAGGAUUCAAUGUGCCAGCAUUCGUUGGUCUUACGCCCAUCGUUGAUUCCCUGCGAUGUGACCAAGGAAAGGACCCGAGAAUGAUAGCCAUAGCCGACUCUUCUGGUUGGACUACCUGGGUCAACCCCUGGGUAGUGAUCCAAUUCUACUGGUUCCUGGGUCAUGAGGUUCACAGAUGGUUCGCAGGACCGCACUCUAAGGAAUAUGUGGAGAUUGUCAGAAGGAGCCCCAAGAAGAAGGGAAAGAAAUCUGGGAAAGAAGAAAAACAGGAGACAGAAGAGCAUCUUGUGUCGGAAGGUGCAGGUACCUCCUACCAGACCAUGGACCCCGCCCAACAGCAGGCCCACCAGGAAACCACCCCAGCUACCGAUGGAGAGGGCGAGGCCACAGGGGCGGAGUCUGUACCUACCAGCGGGGACGAGAGAGGGGCGCACAAGAUGAGUGCCUUUACCUCUUUCCUGGGAUUCCUGACCAAACAGAGCUAUAUCGUGGGACUUGUUCUUAUGAUGGCCUGGAGCAUCAUCUAUCUGAGCUGGAUCACUUUCGUGCUCCUGCUCUGGGCUCUUCUCAUCUGGAUCCUGCCCAUCAGCACCACCAGGAACCGUUGCCUCUACACGUCUCCGCUCCUGGUCCUCUACGCCGAAGCCAUCAUCAUCGUCACCUUCAUCUACGGUCUCCAGACAGACCUGCCUGAGAAGGUCGGCGUCAUCGAUCUCAAAGAAGUUGGGCUCGAGCAUUACAAGUACCCGUUUGUGCCACUCCUUGUUGAGAUGGCAUUCACCUUGAUGUUCUGGCUGACGUUACGUCAAUUCCUGAGAGAGCAGAAGCUUCGUAGGCACAACGUAGAUGAAGGCAUCGUCCUCCAACCGUUCGGUGUUAUCUUCUCAGGUCCAGAAGAAGAAGUGAUGAUUACGGAGCUUGAUGGGAUUGAUGGACACCAUCUACAACGCGGGCAGAGCAACACCAUGGCGUUCCUAGGUCUGACUCUGAACUCGGUUCUGGCCAAGUAUUGGAUCCUGCUGUGCGGCCUCAUGUUCCUCAUCAUCAGUCUUCAAGGGACCGUGGAUAUCUUCAAGAUUAUCUACAUGUUGCUCUUCUUGAUCCUACUCAACAUCUUUAUGCUCUCAUUCACUCUUUUCCGUUUCAUCCUGCGAGUGUUUGGAUGGGUUGUAGUCCUCUACUCCACAGCGGUGCUCUGCAUGAUCUAUACCUACCAGUUCACCGAUCUCCGCAACUUGUGGACGAACAACACCUUUUUCACAGAAGAGGAGCUUGCGGUGUUGGGACUCCAAAAGUAUGAUGACCUGGGCAUGCUUAUUAUCAACCUGCUCAUACCGACGGCUUUCAUCAUCCUGGUUAUGAUCCAGCUUCAUUAUUUCCACCCACAUUUCAUCUCCAUCAGCAAGAUCAAGAGGGAUGGAUACCGUCCUAGUAACUUAGAUGGGAGUCAUGGUGGAGCAGAGGGCAAGGCAGAGGAAGGCGGAGCUGGUGACGGAGGUGAUCAUGUAGAGAUUGAUGAUACAGACAGAGCCUCAACAUCUAGCAAGAAGAGUUUACCGACGACCCGUUCCACCUUGAAGCUGAAGCUGAUGAAGGCCUAUUCCUACUUCAAUAACUAUCUGGGUCCAUGUCAGGUGUUCCUCUGGAGACUCGUGGAGGUCCACAUGAUGAAGUUGGUCUUCUUGACCAUCGUACUGGUCAUUACUCAAGAAUUGAGUGCAGUGAACGGCAUUCUCCUUCUGUUAAUCUUCGUCCCGAUCGCCGUACCAUCCCUUCAUCAUGUGUGCUGUAUGAUGUCCAUGUUAUGGGUCUCUCUGGUGCUGCUGGGGAAGAUGGUCUUUCAGUUGGACUAUUCAAACUGGUUUGAUAUGGAUCUCACCGCCAACUGCACAGAGAAUAAAGAUUUCCCGAUUGAGGACAACUUCAACAUUCCAGAUUGGUUUGGUUUCAUACAAGUCAGCUCUUUUUACAAAUAUGUGGAGGGCUACGUUGCGAUCAUCGUCAUGCUGAUCAUCCAAGCCAUUGUGAUGCUUCAUCAGCAGCAGUAUAGACACCAGCAUGGCUUGGUCAAGCCCAACUACAGCAUCGUGUUUAAUGAUGUCACCAGGGAGUGUGCAGAUAAAGAUGGUCUGCCUGGUUGCAUCAAAUUCCUCAUCAAUUACUGCUUCUUCAAGUUUGGUUUGGAGAUCUGUUUCACGACUACCGCCAUCGUUGCAGCUGUUCGGCUCGACGUCUUUGCGUUCAUCUUCCUGGCCAUGAUGGUUCCUCUGCUGUUCAUCAGGCGUCGUACUUGCGCCCUCUUGUGGCCAUUCUACAUGUUGGUCUUGAUAUGUCUGCUCCCUGUGGCUUACGCCUUGGCUCUUGGAUUGCCUCCAGUCUUCUGUAUAAAUUAUCCAUGGAACACCAAAGCACUGCCAGAUCGUCUGAGCACAUGGCUGUAUCUCUCAAACUACGAGACACCUACAGACCCCGAUCCAAGGGCAAUAGUUGCGGACUUCUUUCAGCUGCUGUUUGUUUGUCUUCAGUUCCAAGUUUUCCGUAUGGAGAGGAAUCAUGACAUCAUUGCCGGAGGGGGUGAUAACUAUAAGGUGUCUGUGGAUGUGGAGAAUAUCCACGAAAAUCCAGUCCCCAACUUCACUUUCAAUAGGUCAUAUUUGGACCUCAUAAAGAGCUUGGUAUUUGGAUACGCCUUCUAUUUUACCCUGGCCAUUGUGUUCCUGUGUGCUACAACUCGUAUCAGUAUCCUUGGCGUCUGGUAUCUCAUCUUUGCCUUCUACUUCCUUUGGUAUGGACCCAAGUUCCUCACCAAACCAACCGACAAAGUCAUGAAACAGUGGAAUUUUUUGGUUGGGUACACGCUGUUUGUAAUCUUUAUGAAGGUAGGCCUUCAGAUCAUGGCCUGCGCCUACGGAGACAAAAUUGUCGACAAGGAACUUUGUUGGAUCAUGCAGGUCUUUGGGGUCAUCUGCCUACAGACUGGCUAUACUGAUGAGGUGUGCGGCCUUCCCACUGAUUCAGCUAAACUCACAUGGGACGUGACCUGUUUCCUGUUUGUGGUAUUCCAGCGUCAGAUCUUCACCAGUAACUACUUCCUCUACAUCAUCCUAGACCUGACCGAUGAGGAGAAGCUAGCCUCCAAAGGUGCUGAGCUCAUCAACGAGAUCCUAGCAGCCAAGGUGCGCAACAAACGCUUGGAGGAGCAGCGCAUACUGCAAGGUGUCAAGAGAAAGAUGAAACGUAUCAAACAGAAACAGGCCAAGCUAAUGAGCAAAAAGAACCAAACAUGGCAGCCAAAGUCACAUUCUGAAGCCAUCCGAGGGACCGGAGGAUACUACAUGUUUGAGGAUGUGGGCGAUGAAGAUGAACUCAGUGACCUGGAAGCAGAAGGAGAUCCGUCCAGCCCCAAGAAUCCACUUCAGCUUGUAUUCCAUGGCAUCGUUGAUGACCCCAAGAAAGCAAUCCAGAUAGACAAAGAACACCAAGCAGCCAUUUCAGGGGCUGAGGAGGAUGAUGAUCCUGAUGCUGAUGCAGUGUCAUAUUCGACAGCUAUCAGUGGUGAUGGAGGCGAUAAACAUGGUAAACGCAGUAUAGAGGAGGCCCAAGAUGAAGAUGAUGGGAGUCUCAGGGGAAGUGAUGCUGAUGAUAUCGAGAUGGAACAAGAUGAAGAACCUGAAGGUGUCGUUGGAAAGAUAAAGAGCACCCUCGCCCUGACGUGGCUGAUCUUCCUACGUUCUGUGGACACAGUCAUAAACUUCUUGGACGCCAUCUCAAAGGAGUACCGCUACGUGGCUAAAGAAUUGAAGAAGCUCACCACAGAGGGCAAACGAAAGAGAGCUUUGAAGAAGCAUAAACAUUUUGCAGAGCUCCAAGACAUGUCCGGGAGGGAAAGUGGGAAAGAAGAAGAAAUAAAGACGGAAGAAACGAAAGCGGGAGCAGACGAGAAGAAGGAGGAGGAGGAUGGUGCAAGAGGAAGCCCUGCUGAUGAGAAUGGAUCCCCUCUCAGGGAUACCAGAGUAACCAUCGAUCCCGAGCCUACAUCCCAACUGACCUUUGAGAGGUACAUGCAGAGCAACGGCAAUGAUGAAACCGACAGCACGGCGGAGACCACCUCCAGCGAUCAGUUCCGUCGCACCAUGAUCCGCCCCGUUCGUCUCACGUAUGCUGCCCUCUACGCCAUAGUCGCUCAAUCGCAGCUGGUAUGCUACUUCAUCAUCAUUCUCAACCAGCUGCUGUCUGCCAGUCUGCUCUCUCUACCCCUGGUGCUCAUCGUCUUCCUCUGGGCUAUGCUCUCAGUGCCCCGCCCGACUAAGACUUUCUGGAUUACAGUCAUCUCCUACACAGAGAUCAUUGUCAUCUUGAAGUACCUGUUCCAGUUCCAGUUUUACCCUUGGAACAGUGCCGUUUCACAGGAUCUACACAGUAAGGAUCCUCUCUGGUUCCCUCGGAUCCUAGGCAUUGAGCAGAAGCCCAACUAUGCAGUCUUAGACCUGUGUAUCUUACUCGCCGUCUUCUUCCAUCGCUCCGUCCUUAUUAGGCAUGGUUUAUGGCAAGAGUCUAGGGUGCUACCCGAUCUAGACGCCCAGCAAACGGACAAUGUCCCUGCCCUGACCUACCCUGACGGGGCUGCUGAAGAUCUGGAGGUUGAGGAGGUGGAUAGAGAAAGUGACAAGAAGGAGAAGAAGAAGAAGAAAAAGAAGAAGAGGAAAGAGAAGAAGAAGAAGAAAGGAAAGGGAGAAGAAGGUGGAGCAAAAGCGGAGGUUCUUCUCUCGACAGAUGAUGAGGAGCAGCUAGAAGUGCAAGAUACAGAACUCCAGGUAUCUCUAGGGUCUGCUGAAGAUGAUCUAUCGCAGCUGGAGGAUCCACCGCAUUGGUAUGAUCCUGCAGUCAAUUUCUACCGCAACAUGAUAGAUCCGAUGUACAGCGCUGUCACCGAUGUCUAUGUCUUCAUCUUCGGCAUACAGUUCAUCUGUUUCCUCAUCAUUGCUCUCUUCUCAUAUGCAUUUGGGGAGGAGCAGGCAACCAGCGACGUCGCCCAGCUCAUCAGCUCCAACACAAUCCCCAUCAGCUUCCUUCUCCUUCUCCUUAGCAUGUUUGUUAUCAUCGUCAUCGACCGUGCUAUUUAUCUCUGCAAGAACGUCAAGGCCAAGUUCAUCUACCUGGUCGUUCUUGUCAUUGCUGUCCAUGUGUGGCUCUUCUUUAUUCUGCCUGCAUAUAACAACAAGCCUUUCGUGGAUAACAAUCCUGCACAGGUUUGGUAUUUCUUCAUCUGCAUCUACUUUGGUCUAUCGGCGUAUCAGAUUACAUCCGGUUAUCCUACAAGAAUCCUGGGGAAUUUCCUCUGCAAAAACUACAAUCUGGUCAGCUUGAUUCUCUUCUAUGGAUGGCGCGUGAUUCCAUUCCUGACUGAGCUGCGUACCCUAAUGGACUGGAUCUGGACUGAUACCACCCUCUCUCUCAGUCACUGGCUGCAGGUGGAAGACAUCUAUGCUAAUGUCUACCCAAUCAAGUGCUUCAGGAACAGAGAGGUGGCCUACCCUGUUCCCCGAGGCACCAAGACACCGUGGUUUAUCAAGUAUGGAGUAGGAGGAGGCAUGUUGAUUGCUCUCAUCUUUGUUCUCUGGUUCCCUCUCAUCCUCAUCUCGUUAGCGAACACCACCAGCGUCAUGAACAAGCCCACUUCAAUGUCGGUUGAAAUCAGCUUUGGUGGAUUUGAGCCCAUCUUCAAAAUGAGUGCUCAGACAGGAGACUUGAACAUGAUUGAUGCCACUGCUUGGGAUGAUCUCAAUAAAGAGUUUGCGAAGGACUUGAAUGCGAGAUCCUUCCUAGACGGAUAUCGUCAAGAGGACGUUUGGACUGCUGCCAUCAGUGGCAACUCAACAGGAACGUGGGACAUCAGUCCACCGAGUAGACAGAACCUGAUCACAAGCCUUCAGUCAAAUGAUGACCUAUAUAUCUCCUUCAAGUAUUCCUUCACCAGGAUUACUAGUAACACCGGAGUCACACCGACGGUAGAGAACAACCGUGAUGUAAAACUGACGGAAGAAUAUGAUGAAUUCAAAAAUCAACUGAUUGAACAGCUUCAGUUCUAUUCAUCUGCGCCAGGUGUGUUGGAGAAUUUCAUUCCAUCGUACAUCAAGGUGCCUGCCAUGUCCAGCCCUGAGCCAGUCACCGUAUUACUUGACAGAAAGGGUUAUGGCAAUGCCUCCUUUCACCUUGAGCAGGGUGAGAUCCUAAACUUGAACGGGACCAAGGAAUGGUGGGAGGUGGAAGAUGGGUUGUCUGACGAAAGUACAAUCAUCCGGAUACUCACAUUCAACGAUAGGGUAGCCUCGGAACUACUUGCACCGCUCUCAAGCUAUGGAAUCAUCGGUCUCUACGUGUCCCUCGUCCUUGUGAUCGGCCGCUUCCUACGCAUGUCGUUCAGCGGCCUCUCCUACCAGAUCAUGUUCAACGAGCUGCCCAACGUGGACCGCAUCUUGAAGCUGUGUCUGGACAUCUACCUGGUGAGGGAGAGCAACGAGCUGGAGCUGGAGGAGGACCUAACCGCCAAGCUCAUCUUCCUCUACCGCUCUCCAGAGACACUCAUCAAAGUCACCAAGUGGAAGACUGAUUGAUGAGAGAGAGGGAGAGAGAGAGAGAGAGAGAGAAGAGACAGAGAGAGAAAUGAAGAGGAGCAAAUUGGACAUUGAAAGAGUAGAGAUAAUGGUGGAUCAACUUUUGUGGAGCAAAAUGGAUAUUAAGAGAGGAGAUCAUUUUUGAUCAAGUUUUUAGAUGAUGAGUUAGGAGGAGAUGGAUGAGGGUGAGAGAGGAUGCAAGAUGUAAGGGACUUAUAAAGGGGGUGUAAGAAAAGGGAGGAAGAGAGAGGAGGGAGAG